UCUGAGGAGUGAACCCGUGCUGUUUUUGGGCGCAAUCUCGGUUUCCUGCCCUUUUAUGUGGGUAGUUAGACGUCUGUCUAAAACCUGUGUUACGCUUUCAGCUCUUGAAAAUAGAAGAGUAUCAUGCUACGUUUACGAUGUAAAGCAAAGAAUGGAACUCAUUUAAUGCAAGGGCUGACUUCAGUAUCUAAUGUCCAAGAGUUAAAAGAUAAAGUGGAAGAACUAACUGGAAUUCCAGGUGCACUGCAAAAAAUUAUGGUGGGAUUUCCUCCAUCCAGUCUAGAUCUUCGUAAUGGAGAACUGCCUCUCAAAGAUUGUCCUAUCAAAUCUGGUGAUACUUUGAUUGUGGAAGAAGAAAGCGAUACUUUGAACAUUAAAGCCUCGGUGUCAAAAUUUUAUGCUAAAGGUUCGGAUAAAGGUACUUUCCCACAGCUGAUCCGGCAUGUUGUCCCUGCAGAUAAUUCGUGUCUCUUCACAAGCAUCAACUACGUGGUAGAAGGAGGUGUUUGUGAACCAUCCUGUGCUCCAGAAAUGCGAAGCUUGAUAGCACAGAUUGUAGCAAGUCAUCCUGAUUCCUACACUGAAGCUGUACUAGGAAAAUCUAAUUGGGAUUAUUGUAACUGGAUUCAACAAAAUGACACUUGGGGAGGAGCCAUUGAAAUCUCUCUGUUAUCCAAGUUUUACCAGUGUGAGAUUUGUGUUGUGGACACACAAACUGUACGAGUAGACAGGUUUGGAGAGGACAUAGGUUACACAAAACGUGUCCUCCUGAUUUACGAUGGAAUCCAUUAUGACCCAUUAGAACGUCGGUUUGAAGAUCCUGAAACACCCCCACAAACCAUCUUCUCUACUGCAGAUGAUGUUGUGCUUGCCCAAGCCCUGGAAUUGGCAGAUGAAGCGAGAAGGAAACGGCAAUUUACUGAUCUCAAUAAAUUCACCUUGCGAUGUGUCAUCUGCCAAAAGGGGCUGGUGGGUCAGGUAGAGGCUAGGGACCAUGCCAAAGAGACUGGGCACACCAACUUUGGGGAGGUAUAACAACCAAAAUAAUGUUACCUACCUCAAAUUCCUAAAAUGUACUGGGAUAAUUAAUCCCUAGGAAUUAAAUUGAAUUUUAAGGGGUGUUUUUUUUUAGAAAGCCCUGGGAUGAUUAAACCAUGAGCUGAUCAAACUGUUGGUUGUUUGCAAAGGUUGGACCUCAUUCUUGAUUUUUCAUGUUUACAUAUUAGGAAUAGCAUUUGACACUUUUAAUUAUUUAGUGAAAAGAUAAACAUUCUGAUUGGAUAGCUGUUGAAAUUAGUCAAUCCAAUAGAGUAUUAGGUGACUGGAUAUUAUGGACACUGAUGAGUUUCUUCAAGUCUUAAAUUUGGGUUGCUUUUUCUUCCACGGAGUUGAACAUAUCUGCAGAUGUCAUAUUUGGAAAAUGUUUUAUUGCACCACGAGCAGAAAACUGAGCUGUAAAUCUGUACUUUUUUCGAAAUAUUUAUUUUAGAAGACUAGUAUGUUAUUUUGUAACACAGUCCUAUUGUUUCAAUGUAUAUAUUUUUGUGUUUGACAACCGUUUUGUGAUCAGCUCAUGGAAAUCACAGGUACAUACUUUAAAAACUACCUUAACCCUGACUUUUAUCGACGUGUUUCGGGGGUACUUUUCAAACUUUUAGUUCUUUUGAGUUAACAUUUUUCUCAAAAGUUUCCUAAUUACUUGCACGCCUAGCAAAAAAAGAGUUUCUAUGAGCAAGUUGAGAUUCUUCUGAACGGAAAUCUGCACCCCUCAUACAUGAAAAGGGAUAUUCUAUCACAGGACUAAUCAUUAAUCUCUCGACUAUGAUAUAAUGCAACUGCGAACUAAUGUUCAUCAUGUGAUUAUUGUUGAAAGUCAAUAGAUAUUACACCAUCAGCCUGCUACGUUCAGCCACAAAUAAUAACUUAUUUCCAAUUAUGAAUGUACAAGCAGAAAAGGCUAUUACUAAUAAUACUUAGACUGCAACAAAAAUUAGAUUAAUCCACAAGUAGCUAAAAUAGCUGAAACUCCAAGGGUAUAAGCUUUGAAUAUUUCAGUGUGAAGUUUGUAUAUGGCCAAUUGAGUUUCAAGUGCUAAUUAUCAAAAGCUAAACUGAAGGCAUGUCAAAAAGCAGGGUUGUGAAUGUUCCUGUUCAGAAGCCCCAGAAUUAUUAAUGAAUGAAUCAAACACAAAUAUCCAAUGGUGCCUCAGCAUACAAUUACUUGAAUAGCUGCAAUUUACAAAAAAUUGUCAUCUGAUUUGCACUUGAGUGAAUUUUUUUCGUGUAAGCUGAUGUAUUAGUAAAUGUAAGAUCCUGCCUGCAUCCCAUGAACAACUGGCUUUCGUCUCUACCUUAGUGAGGAAAAUAGCUUGUGUUGUUGAUAUUGUGGAUAAUUUAGGAUUAUUAUAUGCAUCGGUUAUCCCUAAAUUUGGACAAAGAAAUGCUUUAAAAAGUGACAGUUAUGUGAAGCUAACUUUUCUAUUUGAAACAGGACUAAAUCCUUUUGUCAUUACUUGACGUGUAUUCACCAGAAAGAAAAAUAAGUGUUAUUCCAUUUGAAUGUUUGUGGGUCAAAUAAUAUUUGCGAAUUUGUUUUUAGGUACUUUUUAAAAUGACUUAUCAUGGUGAAACUUUACGGUGAUCUUAAAUAUUGAAAUAAAAUCACCAAAUGCUGGAAAUACCAAGGUCAAACAGUAUCUGUGGAGGGAGAUGUUUUACGUCACUGACGUUUCAUCUGAACUACUUUUUGAUGCUACAGUUCUGCCUUAAUCUUUUAAAAUUUACAUAAUUUUUAUUUCUGAAGCUGUUUUAAUUUGGAAUUGAGUCAAGAGAAAAUGACAACCUGAAUUGUCAUUGGUUGGAUAACAAAAUACUAAUUUAUACCCAACUGUCCUAUCUACUACUGCAAUCAUAUGGAAGACUGCCAUUAGCUAUUACUGAGCCAUUGUUGUUCUUAAGGUCUGCAAGGUAUUUUGUCGAUUUUGUCUUGUAGAGAAGGACAUAACUUAGUAUCUGUUACUGAUAAUUAGCAUUAGAAAGCUAAGUAGUUGUUUCAGGAACUAGUAUGGACACAAUGGGUUGAGUGGCCUUCUGUAAAAUUCUAAGUAAAAUGUGAAAACCAUGUUCCAAGAAUUGCAGUGUGGAUGCAUCAAGAUCCAAAUAUGGCUAUUAUGAUUUGUAACUCCAAAAAGGCCAAAAUAGGAAAAUACAGAAUCAUGUUCCCUUAAUACUGUCACAAAAUGUGCCUUAUUAUCAAAACUAGUAGCAUACAUUGGGCUGCAGCUCAGAGUAUUUUUCCCCCCCAUAAAUCAUCAAGUUAGUAUCAGUUUCUCGCAACAGGUAGUUAUCAAAAAGGAACUGGGUUGAGUUGGUCAAAAGCUAUUUCAUUUGUCCAGCAGAUUUUUUUUUUAGUCACUUGUGGGAUGUAGGCUUUGCUGGCUGGCCAGCGUUCAUUACCUGUCCGUUGUUGCCUUUGAGAUUGAAGGGACACUCGUUAAUGUGGACUGAACAUGAAAAGUCAGGUUUCAAUUCCUUGCCAAUUCACUUUUUUGCAGUUAAUGUUUAUUGCCUAAAAGCAUGUCCCUUGAAAUACUUCAUAAAGGGCCAUAUAAAUUUAAACAGUAAAGGACACUGCCUUGCUUUUUCAUUUUUCUUUUCUAAAUAAAAAUAAGGUUACCUGUCCUCCAUUUUACAUGGUUAAAAGUUUCCAUGCUCCAUCCUCCAAGAACUCACUGUAAAUCUCUUCUCACUUCCGUAUUGAUGGCUUUAAUUGAUGAAGCAUUAUCACUGACUCAAUAACCAAAGUAGCCACAAUUCAUGUUUGAUAUUGCUGAAAAUAAGGGAUGGGUUCUUGUUUUUUUAUAUUGCAUUCAACAGGAAAAGUACAAGAAUGUGAAAGAUCCAACAGAAGCAUUAAUUUUUACCACAUGAGAAAAGGCUGAUGGCUUUGGAUGCUGCUGUGGAGAUUGCACAGGGAGCUUUUGUCCCACGUGCUUUGACAAAAUUUUGAAAAGUGGUUUGGCAUUUUUUGCCUGAUGAUUACAUGAUAAGCUUCAACACGAUGUCACUUUUAUUUCCAGCAAUAGUCAAUUUCUGUACUACUGACUACUUUAUGUUCACCUUAAUAAAGUUUCACAAUAUUAUACUCCUCACUGUUACAGUGGAUAUAGUCACAAUAGCUGGAGCCCUUUCUCGUUAUGAGAAUUUUUCAUAUGUGGAACCAAAACAGUUUAGGUAGAUGAAAAAGAUGAUCAUCGGAGAAGAACUGAAUUAUUAGUGUUUCCGCUCCUCGCUUAAAUGUGCACAAGACUGUAGUACAGAUCACAACCUCAGAGGGGCAGUCUGAUAUUGAAGAUGUAGAACAUCAGCAAUAAUUUUGAGGCACCAUGUCUUUAUAAACUUAAUGCAAAGUCAUAUUUUAGUGGGGGAAGGGGGUGAUAGUGGUUUUUAGAAUUUUUCAAAAAGAAAAUUUGGAAUAAAUUAAAACAUUUUUCCAUGAAGGUACUUCAAAUUAUUGAGAUUUUAAUAGUCACUUUUUAUUGUUUUAAUCUGAUUAAAAUUCAAUCUUUUACAUUUUAACAAGAUUUAUUUAAUUAAUUUAGUAGCACAGCUUUGUAUUGAUCAAUUAAAACAAAAUUAGUUUGACCUUAUCCGGUGUUAGUAACUACAUGACGUUCAAAACCCUCAGCUGCAACUACACUGGAACAGAAUGUGUUUAUUAUUAAUGAUUCAGAAUUGUAGUGGACUAUCCAGACAGAGUUUGAGCAAGUAAGAAAAGCCUGUGCUUUUCAGUGGUAUGUAAUUGUAAGAUGACCAAUUUGGUAUCAUUAUUUUAUCUGGGUUAUAUUUACAUUGUAGUAGGGAAUUAUAUUUGUGAUCAUUUCUGUUCAUAAGUGUGCACAAAUCAUAUUAAGUUUGCACUAUUCAAAUAGUUGUGAAGUAGCUUUGUAAUGCAAAGUUGUCUUCCACAAUUGUCAGCUAAAUGCAUGCAUUGACUUCAGCCAAAGAGCCUAAAUAUGAGCUAAGAUAAUGAAAUGUGAGGC